AUGGACACUGCAGGAUUUUGGUCAUCAGCUAUCACAUGCCUUAGGGCCGCGAAACCCUUAAUGACGGUUCUUCGAUUGGUUGAUUCAGAUUCUAAACCAGCUAUGGGUUUCAUUUACCAAGCCUUAGUAAUUGCAAAGAAGGAAAUUAAAGCAAACUUCAAAGCUAUCCAAACAAGGUAUGGACCUAUUUAUGAUAUCAUUGAUGAUAGAUGGUAUAAUCAAAUGAAUAGGGCACAAAAUAUGGCGGGUUAUUACUUGAACCCACAUAUGCAAUAUAGUGACGAUUUUGAGAAUAAUGGUUGGAUCAAAGAUGGAUUGUACAUGUGCCUAGAAAGAAUGUGUGGUACUGAUGAGAACCUAGCGAAGACGAUUGAUUGUCAGUUUGAUCAAUUCACGAAUGCAAGAGGUCUCUUCGGUUUUAAUGUACAUUCUAAGAGAAGAAACCAACAACAACAACAAAAGAUGAAUGAUAUUGUGUAUGUUAUGUACAACUUGAAGCUGAAUGGAAGAGAUGAAAGAAAAGGAAAAGGGCAUGAUGGACUGGAGCCACUGAAUCUUGAUGAUAUUAGUUCUGACGAUGAGUGGAUUACUGAAGAAACGUCUUCUAAUCAUGAUGUAAAUGAAGAUGAUGAUUUUCUUCAAAGGGCUAUAAGAGAUCAGUUGCUUGAGUUAUUCUUUUAUUCCAUUAUAUUUGUAUAA